UGGACAUAUGACUGGAGAUAUGAGUGGUAUAAAGACACAUACAGUGUAAUGUUACAGACGUCUGAUCGUUACACUGUAAACAGAGACACUCUCACUAUCAGAGGAGUAAUUACAUCUGAUCAGGGUCAGUACUGGUGUAGAGGACGGAGAGAUCAGAGACCAAACUCAUCACAAUCAAGCUCAGUUUCUCUCUCUGUUAUGGAGAGACCAAAAGCUGUAUUGAAGGUGACUCCAGAUGAGCGUGUGUUCAGAGGAGAGACAGUCACUCUCACAUGUGACAUACAGGGAGCAGGAGACAACCAGUGGAGAUACAGCUGGUUUAGAGAUGGUUCAGUCAUGAGAGACGUCACUGAGAGACUCUACAGCAUCACAUCUGUGUCUGAUAGUGCUGAAUACAGCUGUAGAGGAGAGAGAUCAGACUCACAGAUAUCAUCAGACAUCAGUGCUGCUGUUACACUGACUGUAUCAGAUCUGAAGCCAAAGCCUGAAAUCACAUCAGAUCCUGCAGGAGCUGCACUGAAAGGAAACACAGUGACUUUGACCUGUCACAUGAAUCCAGCCACUGGAUGGGACUUUUACUGGUACAAACACACACUGAACUCAGAGACGAAGACACAAACAAACUCCUACAGAGUGAAGAUUGAUUCAGUGUCUGAUAGAGGUCAGUACUGGUGUAGAGCUGGAAGAGGGAAACCAGUCUACUACACACAAUACAGUGAUGCACUGUGGGUAAAUGUUACAGUGAGUCCUAAAGCUGUGGUGACGGUUCGACCUGAUGAACAAGUGUUCAGAGGAGAAACAGUCGCUCUCAGAUGUGAUAUAAAGUGGGGAGGAGACACUGAGUGGACGUACAGAUGGGAAACAGAGGGAACAAACUACCAAAAUAACUCAAUCUCAACACAAGAGCUGAACAUCAGCAGUGUUAAAGACUCUCACAGCGGUAAAUACAGCUGUAGAGGAGAGAUGGGAACACAACACUCUCAGCGCAGUGAUGCUGUUACACUGACUGUAUCAGCUGAAGCUCAGGCAGCAGUGCGAGUGUCUCCACAGCCGUGGCUGACUGAAGGAGACUCAGUGACUCUGAUCUGUGAGGUUACAGGCUCCUCUACAGGCUGGACGUUCAGCUGGUUCAGAGAUGAUGAUCGUCUGUCAGACAGCAGCAGAGGAGCUGGAGGCUCUUACACUCUCAGUCCUGCUGCUCUACAGCACACAGGAGUUUAUACGUGCAGAGCAGAGAGAGGACGACCGGCCUAUUACACAAACUACAGUAACACACAGGCACUGUGGAUCACUGGUCAGGGGUCGCAGGUCUCUCUGGUGGUCCGUCCCAGCAGAAGUCAACACUUCUCGUCUGACUCUCUCUCUCUGAGCUGUGAGGAUCAGAUGAACUCUGCUGGAUGGACAGUGAGAAGAUACACAGACAGAAACACAGAAGAUUGUUCAAAACAAACAGGAUCUACAUGUCGACUCGUCUCUCUCAGCACAUCUGACUCUGGAGUUUACUGGUGUCAGUCUGAAUCUGGAGAGAAACGUCAUCCUCUCAACAUCACUGUACACGAUGGUGAUGUGAUUCUGGAGAGUUCUGUUGAUCCUGUGAUUGAGGGAGAUACUCUGACUCUACACUGUUUACAUCGAUCUACAAACUCCUCGAUCCUCAGAGCUGAUUUCUAUAAAGACGGAUCCCUCGUCCAGAGUCAGACGACAGGAGAGAUGAGCAUCAUGAAUGUCUCAGAGUCAGAUGAGGGUUUCUACUACUGUAAAACAGAGAGAGGAGAGUCACUCCACAGCUGGAUCUCAGUCAGAGGUCUGGGAAUAAUCAGUGAUUUAUGUACCUCUAUAAUAAUAUCAUACAGUAUGUGA